AAACAAAACAGAAAAUAAAAAAAAAUAAAAAAAAAAAGAAAAAGAAAAAAUUAACGCAAAUGCUUUCCCAUUUUUCAUCCAAGGCUUCCUCAUUCCCACUCCCUUCUCUCUCUCACCUCUCUCGCUCCGCCGCCUCCCUCCGCCACCGCCACUCCUCUCCGAAAUUCCCAUUUUACCCCUCCAUCCCCACCAAAUUUCCCCGCCUGCCACUCGCAUGCCACGCUAGCUCCGGCGGUGUUUCCAUGGACUCUCCCUCUCCCUCUCCCUCGCCGGAAACCGCCGCCGCCGUCGACUCCGUCGCGCGCGAUUUGCAGAACCAGAGCCUACGCGGCGGCGAAGAUCAGCGAGACGAUGGUUUUGGUAACGGCGCGAAGAGAGCUAGGUUGAAGCUCGAGGAUCUGAAUUGGGAUCACUCCUUUGUCCGUGAACUGCCUGGCGAUCCCAGGACCGAUACGAUGCCGCGAGAGGUUUUGCAUGCGUGUUAUACAAAAGUGUUACCCUCAGCGGAAGUGGAUAAACCUCAGCUUGUUGCGUGGUCAGAAUCAGUGGCUGAUUUGCUUGAUUUAGAUCCUAAAGAGUUUGAAAGGCCAGAUUUUCCUCUUCUGUUCUCUGGUGCAUCUCCUUUGGUGGGAGCGGUCCCUUAUGCCCAAUGCUAUGGAGGACAUCAAUUUGGUAUGUGGGCUGGGCAGUUGGGAGAUGGUCGGGCAAUAACUCUUGGUGAGGUUAUUAAUUCUAAGUCCCAGAGAUGGGAACUGCAGCUUAAAGGUGCCGGGAAGACUCCCUACAGUCGAUUUGCCGAUGGGCUCGCAGUGCUGCGCAGUAGCAUUAGGGAGUUCCUUUGCAGUGAGGCAAUGCAUAGUCUUGGAAUUCCAACAACUCGAGCUCUUUGUCUUGUGACAACAGGAAAAUUUGUUACUCGAGAUAUGUUCUAUGAUGGGAACCCAAAGGAUGAGCCUGGUGCAAUUGUCUGCAGAGUUUCCCAAUCCUUUCUGCGAUUUGGUUCAUACCAAAUACAUGCAUCUAGAGGCAAAGAGGACCUUGGAAUUGUUCGUGCUCUUGCAGACUAUGCCAUUAAGCAUCACUUUCCUCAUAUUGAGAAUAUGGACAAAAGUGAAAGUUUAUCUUUUAGCACAGGCGAUGAAGAUCAUUCAGUCGUGGAUCUGACUUCUAAUAAGUAUGCAGCUUGGGCCGUGGAGGUUGCUGAGCGUACUGCAUCCUUGGUUGCUAGCUGGCAGGGGGUUGGUUUUACUCAUGGUGUUUUGAACACUGAUAACAUGAGCAUUUUGGGACUCACCAUUGAUUAUGGUCCGUUUGGAUUUUUGGACGCAUUUGAUCCAAGUUACACACCGAAUACUACAGAUCUUCCUGGCAGGAGAUAUUGUUUUGCAAAUCAGCCUGACAUAGGCUUGUGGAAUAUUGCACAGUUUGCCACAACUUUGUCUGCUGCUCAGUUGAUAGAUGAUAAAGAGGCAAAUUAUGCCAUGGAGAGAUAUGGAACCAAAUUUAUGGACGAGUAUCAAGCUAUAAUGACUAGAAAACUUGGUCUUCCUAAAUACAAUAAACAGUUGAUCAGUAAACUCCUCAACAACAUGGCUGUUGACAAAGUCGAUUACACAAACUUCUUUCGGUUGUUGUCCAACAUCAGAGCUGAUCCCAGCAUCCCGGAAGAGGAGCUGUUGAUCCCACUUAAAGCUGUUCUGUUGGAUAUUGGGAAGGAGCGCAAAGAGGCGUGGAUUGGAUGGGUAAAAUCCUACAUAGAGGAGUUAGCGGCAAGUGGCAUAUCAGAUGAAGAGAGGAAGGCCUCCAUGAAUGCAGUGAAUCCCAAAUACAUUCUCAGGAAUUAUCUCUGCCAGAGUGCCAUCGAUGCUGCCGAACAAGGUGAUUUUGGAGAGGUUCGGCGGCUGCUUAAAGUAGUGGAACGGCCGUUCGAUGAGCAGCCGGGAAUGGAAAAAAAUGCUCGCUUGCCACCGGCUUGGGCAUAUAGACCAGGAGUCUGCAUGCUUUCUUGUUCUUCAUGAGUUGUUUAUGUUUGUUCUCAGUUUUCACUGUCUUAUUAUAAUUGCACCUUAAAAAAAAUGUAGAACUGUUCAGCUAUUUAUUUUUUUAAUUUAUUUUUUUUCCUGGGUUAAAGAGCAACUUGCUAUCCAAAAAAGAU